AUGUCUUCCCUCCCCAAAACCUACAAGGCCUGCAUCCUCGAAAAGGCCAAUGGCCCCUUCACCCUCCAAGAGGUCCCCCUCAAGCAACCCUCCCGAGGCGAGAUCCUUGUCAAGGUCCUCGCCUGCGGUGUCUGCUUCUCCGAUGUAGGCGUCGCAACCGGCCACAUGGGUGAUGUCUUCCCCCGAGUCCCCGGCCACGAGAUUGUCGGCAACGUCGUCCAGAUCGGCGAGGGCGUGACGGGCUUCCAGGAUGGAGAUCGUGUUGGUGGUCCUUGGCACGGUGGACAUGACCAGACCUGUCGGCAGUGUCAGAGGGCUCAGUUCCAGAUGUGUAGCAACAAGGCUGUCAACGGUGUAAGCCGUGACGGAGGCUUCGCCGAGUACGUCCUUCUCCGCGCCGAAGCCGUCGUGCGCGUCCCCAAGGAGAUUGAUCCCGCAGAGGCAGCUCCCCUGCUGUGUGCUGGCGUCACCGUCUUUAACGGAAUGCGCAAGCUCCACGUUGAGCAGGGCGCCCUCGUUGCUGUGCAGGGUCUCGGAGGUCUCGGCCAUCUCGCAGUUCAGUACGCCAACAAGAUGGGCUACGAAGUCGCCGUGCUCUCCUCGGGCGACGACAAGGCGCAAUUUGCAAAGGAGCUCGGAGCCAGCCAUUAUAUCAACACAAAGAAGUCGGAUGUGGCAGCUGAAUUGAACAAGCUCGGUGGAGCCUCCAUCAUUGUCCAGACGGCACCCAACCCCAAGGCCAUCACACCUCUUGUCGGAGCUCUCGCGGCCGAGGGAAAGCUACUGAGCCUUGCGCCUGUUGGACCUGUCGAGGUUGACAGUGCAGCUCUUGUCGCCAAGGGAGCGAGUGUGACUGGCUGGCCGAGCGGUCACGCCAUCGACAGCGAGCAGGCUAUCCGGUUCGCCAUGAUACACGAUGUCAAGUGCAUGAUUGAGAGGUAUCCGUUUGAGAAGGUUCAAGAUGCGGUUGACAGUCUGAUCGCUGGAAAGCCCCGAUUCAGGAACGUGCUGGUUAUGGAGUAG